UUUUUUUUUUUUUUUCUGCUCUUGUUGCUUUCACUUUUCAAUGUGGCACCCAAACGAACAGUUACUUCUUCGAGCUGCAGUUCGAUUUAAGAAGCACGAUGGAACACUAUUUGUUACACCUCGACGAGUGGCAUGGCAGCAAUUAGGAUCUUCUCAAUUAACACCUUCUAUUUACUACAAUGAUAUUCUUGGUAAAGAAAAGAAUGCUCAACCUUUGCCCUAUUUUUUUUUUUAGUUUAACCAGUUUUAGAUUAGCUUUGGCACAAACACCGGAUGGAUCAGCCAAAGUAUUACUAAAGAUAUCAGCCAAACCACCCAUUUCAAAAGACUAUACGUUCCAGUUCACGUCUGUGAAAAAUGUGCAAGAAAGAGAAGCGAUUAAAGCACAAAUUGCAGAAUUAUUAGCUCGUGCUCGUGGACUGAGUUCUGCAUCCGCCAUCGGAACUCCUGUUCCCAUGACCCCAUCAGCCAUAGCCUCUCCUUCACCUUCUACACCUCAAUCCGUCAAUAACACGGCCUCACCUAUAUCCUUACAACAACAAGCUGCCACCAACAGUUCUCAACAAAAAGCGAUCGGCUCCCCUUCACCCGGUCCUGGUGGUCCUGGUGCUGGUGGAGCUGGCGGUCCCAAAUCGUCUCGACAAGAAGAAUUCAACGAUCGAAGACAAUUACUGACUUCCAGCAGAGAAUUACAAACACUGCAUAAAGAAUUAGUAGUGGUGGGAAGAAGUGUGGAUGAAGAGGAGUUUUGGUCAAGUCCGUAUGUUAAGCGUAUUCGACAAAAACUUAAAAAGGAUGCUGUAUCAAGAGAAGGCAAACAAAAAGGUAAAUCGUCUCGUAUGGUCGAAUUAAAGCCUGGACAACAAGAAGGAUCAGAUAUCAAGUAUACGUUGACCAGUCAAAUCAUUCAUAAUAUCUUUACCGAGUUCCCAUCAGUGAAAAGGGCCUAUGAUACAAAUGUUCCUGAUAGAAUGACAGAACAAGCAUUCUGGAAGCGAUUCUUGGCCUCUGAAUUCUUUCAUCGAUCACGUACUGGCGGAAGAUCUCAACUCACACCUUACGAUGAUAUUUUUGAUCGAUGUUUACAAGAGGAAGACGAUGAAAAUUCAAAACCUCCACCCAUGUCUCGUAUGGAUAAGAUGCGAUUUGAUAUUGAUUUAUCCACUACUGCUGAAGAUCAUUUGGAGAGUGGCAACGCACCGGAUUUUACUAUGCGACCGGGUAGAGAAGUCUUGUCCUUACCGCUAAUUCGUAGAUUCAACAAACAUUCUUCUCGUGUACUCGAGACUCCCCCAUCAAGAAAAAAACGGGAUGUGACCACCUUUGAACAGGACGUGGAAAAAGAUAUCAUUAUUAGAGAGUUAUUAGACGAAGCACCUUCUGAAAAAAUUAUUUUGGAUAUUCAAGAUACCAGACGUUAUUUCGAGAGUCAAACAGGAGGACAGGACGAAGUGAAGAUUAGUGAACAAGAUACCGUGAAUUUAUUAUCUGGAUAUAAAAGGAAAUUUGAGGGAUGGCAGCCUGAAAUGGCUAAACAAGUGAUGGAAGCUAGAUUAGCAGAUAAAGUUUGUUUAGAAUUAACAGCGACAAUUAAACGAAAAAUUAGACACGAUGAUAAAUCAAUUAGUGAGGUGAGAUUACCGCCCCAGGUUCAACAAAAGAUUCAAGGCUAUCAUUCUGCCACGAAUGAGAUCCUCCGUCAUUUCUGGUCCUCUUUUGAACCUUAUAAACCCGAAAAGAAUAUCCGCAUGAUUGAAGCAUUAAAGAAACAACAAGAGAAAUUAAAGGAUAUUUUAGGCGCUGUGGCAGGCUCUGAUGGCGAUGCUGAGAGAUGUAAACAGACCUUGAUGCCUGUAUUACAAGCGGUGGAUAGAGCUUUAGAAGCAUCAAAGAAGCGUGGAAAAAAGAAGCGUGUAUGAUAAGCAAAAAUCAAAAUAAAUGUAAAUAUAACAUCA